ACCAAGUUUUGUUCUUAAAGCUUUAAAAAGAGAAAAGAUAUGGUGAUGAAGAAGACGAUGGGUGGGUCAGUGUUUGCGGUAGAGUGGGUGAUGGUAAUUUUGGCAUUGAUUGCAAGCUCUGUGACUGUGAAUGCAACAAUUACUUGCCCAGAUGCGAUACUGAAAAUACUUCCAUGCGAACCAUACCUGUUGGGCAUCGGCGACAUCACUGUGCCGUGCUGUCAGGGAGCUCAAAACUUGAACCAGAUGGUUAAUUCUACAGCAGAUCGCCGGGCUGUUUGUGCGUGUUUUAAGCAAGUUGGACCUUCUUUAGGGGUAAACGUUGAUAGAGCUAAGAAACUUCCCGAUCUUUGCAAAAUUGAUCUUCGAGGAAUAACCAUUGACUUUACUAUUGAUUGCAGCACAAUUCCAGUUUAAUGGAUGGGUGAGGAAGGAUGCAUCUGACAAGGACAAACCUUGGCCAGUAACAACAAAGAUAAUGCUUAGUUUUUUUUUUUUUUGAAAUAACAAAGAUAAUGCUUAGUUGUUAUGUUUUAAUUAGGCCAAUUUGAAAUUUCUUUGUAUAUGAAUAAAUUUGUUAUCUUUUCUGAAGAUUUCCUUCCCUUCAUUUUUCCUUUUUCCUUACCAACAUUUGCGCCAAAGAA